AUGUUUGUCCCAAGAGCGCUGAGGCUCAAAGGGGUCCGCGAAAAGCCGCGACCCAGGCCUGUCAGAGCGCCCGCGGAGAGCGAUGGUGAUGAUGCGCUGGUCGAGGCCAUGCAGAAGACAAGUACAAACUCACCUACUUACCAGCCAGAACAGAUUGAAGCCAAGGCUGCAAAGCCCGGAUCCAGGUUCACUACCAAGCCCGUCACACCGGAGUACAUUGGCCAGCUUGCUGCUGGCAUCGAGCUGAUCUUCACCGACUAUGCGCACCAGGAAGAAGAGCGGGCCAAGUGGCUUCAAGACCACUACAGGAAGGUCGACGGGGAAGACAAGUACAUUCACCUUACCGCCAUGCUCGAACACCCCAACAUCUCCUCCCUCAAGCCCGAAGCCUCCCAAGUCCUCCUCCAACAGGCUCUCCACGACUAUCCUUCAAAGAUUCUAGAGACCUCGAGCAACAGCUACUACGUCCGCCGCAAGCCCUCCUCAUACCCGCCAAAAUACCUACCCCACAACUCAUUCCACGUCACCGAUGACAAUGGCCUGUCGUUCUGGGAUCAGCGGACAAUAUAUGUCGAGCCGCAUCUCCGCAACAUGUGCCCUACACCGGCAAAGGUCGCAUACUGGCUGACACAGCAUGGAGCGCUACGGUCCAAGUGGCUGCCCAUCCAAGCAGUCCACACGCUCUGGAACAGCUGCGCUUUCGUCGUCUUCAGCGGAAGUGUAAUGCACGACGACGUCUGGCAAAAGUGGAGAGAGGCAGACAAGCCUGAGAACUGGAAGAUCAUGACCAAGGUCGAGCAUACCAAACGUACUGCCGAAUACGUUGCAUUGCUCGAGACACAGAAUCCGAGAGGCAUGCGCAAGAACAAGAUUAGUGAGAGCGAGCUGCCUGCAAUUGCGCGACCAGCUGUGCUUCCUAUGGCGGUGGAGAUCGCUCCUGUUGCGGAACAGCGGCCGGCCAAGAGCAAGCGUAAGAGACGAAAACCAAAAAGGUCUGGCAAGCCUACCGGGGAAGAUGAUGUCGACGCAGACGAUGCUGAAGAUGCACGCGACGAGCCAAGUGCUAAACGCAGAGGAUGA